GUUUGAAAUCCAUUUCCCAGCGUGCUUUGCGGUCAGCAGUUACGUUCAGGUUACGUGACGCUUUUUCACCGGAUGCUGAUGACGCUAGCAAGCGCCGCAAUGGUUAGCACAGUGUUAGAGAACAAGUGCCUGGAAAUAAAUCACUAAAUUCUCAGCCAAACUUCUCGGUGAAAUUACGGGACUUGUGACGUUAACGAGUGAAGAUGGAUCGGUGUAAAAACACGUGAACUGUUGGCGAGUUAGGCCGUCAACGGAAACGUUCUUUAAAGGCCUGUUUCUUCAAGAUACGGAAAAACCUCGGGAUAACCUGUGGAAAAGCCCCGUCCGAGAGCGCUCAACACCGAGGAGUGGAGCUCCGGAGGAGUUCUGUUUUUAUAACAGACCUGAGAAGAAAACUCUUCCUAAACUAAUCAUUGAAGGUGGAAACCUGGAUGAAGGCUCGCAGAAGCUUCUGGAUUUUGAUGCCCUGUGGAUUCUCACAAGACUCUCCCUCUACUUUUUAACAUCUCACCUGUUGCCAAGGGGCUUCUGUGAUAGAAUCAUCAGUCCUACUGUUAAGCUUCACUACAGACCACGAUGAAUCGUUAUCUGCCUGUGGCACGGCAGCACUUCCUGGCUGCCCUUGCAAGCACCAGUGUGGUAGUCAAAUCCAUAAGUGCCGUUGUGGUCCUGCUCUAUUUGCUGUCGUGGGCUGCUGACACCACGUACGCCCUGGGAGUGACCCCGGGCUUCCUUUUUCCACCUAACUUCUGGGUGUGGACGCUGGUGACCCACGGAGUGGUGGAACAGCACGUGUGGGGCAUGGCGGCGAGUGUGGGGACAGUGAUGGCCUGUGGACGUCUGCUGGAGCCACUGUGGGGGGCUCUGGAGCUCCUCAUCUUUUUUGCAGUGGUCAAUGUGUCUGCAGGGCUCCUCGCAGGUCUGUCUUACCUACUCACCUACGUGGCCACCUUUGACCUGGACUUCUUAUUUGCUGUUCGUAUUCAUGGAGUAGCCGGUUUCCUUGGAGGGGUCUUGGUAGCACUAAAGCAGACUAUGGGCGAUACCACAGUGCUCAGAGUACCACAGGUCAGGUUAAAAGCUGCUCCAGCAUUGGUCCUCCUUCUCCUGGCCUUACUCCGCCUGUCUGGACUCCUCGACGACUCCGCUCCCCUCGCCGCGUUCAGCUAUGGCUCCUUGUCUGGCUGGGUGUACCUGCGCUUCUACCAGAGACACAGCAGGGGCCGAGGGGACAUGUCGGACCACUUUGCCUUUGCAAGUUUCUUCCCUGAGGCGGUGCAGCCGGCUGUCGGACUGCUAGCAGGACUCGUCCACUCGGCUCUGGUAAAGAUGAAGGUGUGCAGAAAGAUGGUGAAGCGAUACGACGUGGGAGCUCCUUCCUCCAUUACCAUCAGCCUGCCGGGGACAGACCCACAGGAUGCUGAGAGGAGGAGACAACUGGCCCUGAAAGCUCUGAAUGAGCGUCUAAAGCGUGUGGAGGAUCAGUCUGCUUGGCCGAGUAUGGACGACGAGGAAGAUGAAGAGGACGAGGAGGUCAGAACCGACCUGCAGCCGCUCCUCCCAGCCGCCCGCGACUCCUCAUCCUCCACACCGAGAGCAGCAGGAGGAACCGUUGGUGCCUCCGCCUCAUCGUCUGGAUCACAGAGCGCUGGAGCGCCACCAACGGGCGGAGUGCAGCACCCAGAGUCCAGCAUUAUCAUUUUUGAUGACGCACCGACUAGAUCAUAGCAAAACGGACGCACACACAGUGAUUUGGUGUCACGGGAAAGAAUACUAGUGUUUUCACCAUCCUUGACUAGUAAACGUGUUCAGUGACGACGGUAAGAGCCGCACUGGGUAUCUCGAACAGCGAGACAAUACACAUGAUGGGCAGUACUGGGACAGGACUGUGCAGUGCUUUCAGUUUAAAGAGGCUGGAUGUUUUUUCUCAGCUUAUUCGGGUAAACUGAUGACUUCAUUCUUCUCCUUCCUACAUUCGGCUGAAAGUCAAAACUUUCUGUCUUGUUUGGACUGAAUACCAACUUGCAGAACUAUGGUCACUGCUUCAUGUGUCUCUUCUCUUGCUUUCUGAAUAAAUAGCUAAACGAGUGUACAAAAUGUUUUUGUAGGUCUUUUUCAGAGCAGCCAUCUUUGUUUCUUUUGCCUGCUUUGAAAAGAAAAAAGAGACUUGGUCUAAUAGUGUCGUCCCGAGCUCUGAGAAACGGCUGCAGGUGUGACGUGAGCUGCUGAUCCGCUGGUUUCAAAGAUGGAAACCAGGCGUGGAACAGAAACGCGGGCGAGGCUUGUAUCUGGCACCGCCCUGCUGGAGUAGAGAAGCUGCUGCAGGUUGGUCCUGCUGAUAAACUCAAAUACCAAAUUGAAAGAUGAACAGAAGUGCUAGAUGAAAUGUUUUUUUUUUCCUUCCAGAAAAUGGCCAUUUACAAUCUCCUGAACUAGAAUGGGAUUAUAUUCCCUCAUUUAAUCUUUCACUCCCACAGCAUUUCUCCUUCCAGGUCUGAAUUCAGCAGUGUUAAUCUAUCUAAAGUAUGUUGGUGGGCUUAUAUUGAUUUGUUUAUUUUGGUGUCCAGAAAGUUCUUCUACAUGGUUUGCAUUUCCAGAGCUGGAGAAAAAUGUGUGCAGAUUCCAUAGUUUCCUUAGAUUGUGAAAUUUUGCCUUUGUCAUUAGUCGAAACUGAUGGUAAAAAGAGGAGCUCUGUGACCUUUUAAUCUCAAAGAUGCAGUGAUGGACACCUUUCAUUUGACCUUCAUGCAGACCUGAAGGUCAGAAAAGUGGGCUCACUCCUACAGAUGGUUAAAGCAUUGGAUGUCCAAAUAAACUAGACUCUUCCAAGACGCCUAAUCACUUUAGGUUCCCAAUCAAACCUAACUUUAACAAGAGCUUCUAACUGGUUUACAAAACACCAAACUUGUGUGUUUGGAUGUGGAAUUCGCCACUCAAGUCACUUUAUUCUGAAGAAGAAGCUCCUGGGUCUGGGGUCUUUGUCUCCGCAUUCAGAGCCAGACGUUUUUCACCUAAAAAGCUGAUGGGCUGUUACAACCAAACCACUUUUCUCAGUUCUAUACAAUCCAGAAACAUUUGAGCUUCUCUCUGGUGUGACAAUAGAAGCCAGGAAGAUUUAAUGUUGCACAUUUGAACUAUCAUUGUUCUGUUUUCAUAAAUCAAGUUUGGUUAAAUGCAUUUUCUAUUUUACUUACCAUCUCUUGAAUGAGUCACAUAUUUCCUUAAUAUCAUUUUAAAAUCCGAAUGGACUCAGGGUUUCCUCUUUGCAUCAGUUUCAAUCUAAAUAGGCAGCAAAGAGUAACAACAUUUAGACGGCUGCAUGACUUUUUCUCCAAAUUUAAAGCCACAAAAUAGAAGCUGUUUCAGAGUAUUUGUUGAAAAAGAUUUGUUUUGAGAGAUGUCUGCAGCUUUCUGGUUCUUUUUAUUCAUCAGAGAGAGAGUUGGUGUAAAUUAAAGGUGACAGAAAAAUGACAGAGGGAGGUUAUGAUGAUAAAAUUGUGUUCGCUCUAAUUUAUCCUCUCCCUCGGCUCAUGUUACUGUGUACAAAAACGAGUCAGAAGAUUGAAGCUGAUCUGAUGAAAUCUAGCUUCUGAGUGGAAAUACUUACAGUCAGGAUCUGUAAUUUAUAAACCAUUUUAAAAACUUCAGUUCUGUGGUGUUCUUGUCUAAAUUUGACAUAAGUGUCUCUGAAAAUGAGUGAGCUUUGGAGUCCACAUCAGCUUGCAUUUCACUUAAAAAUCAGCAAUGACACACGUUUUAGCUUCUUGCCUGCAAGUAACUUUGAUGAGGUUUUUGGGAAAUGAUAGAAUUGUUGGCGGUCUGAAGGUUUCAGGCAGAGUCUGCUCAGUCUGGCUUUCAACCCAACAUCCAUGUUCAGUUUUUGUUUUUGUCUUCUGCACACUACGUUUUCGAAACAUUUGAAAGUACGAAACAGUCGGGGGAGAAAUACUUCAGAAAAAGACAAAGUUCCAGGUUCUCAGUGUGUUUCACAUAAAUGUGCGGGUGGGACCGUUUGUUUACAUCUUUUGUUAUCUUAUGGCUGAUGUUUGAAGAUUCAUUUAGCUCAAAGUUUGCAGUUUUCUUUGAUUUUCGUUCUUUUUUUCAUUUUUCUUCUAAUCAAUAAUUAGAAAGAACUCGACUUCUUUUGGGUGAAAUUGAUCAAAGUAACUUCCCAGAUUUUUAAAUCUGUAAGUAAACGGAUCAGCGGAGACAGAUGUGUUUCAUGAGGAUUUGUAUAAGAAGUGCCAUUCAAUUCCAGAGCAAUGCAUCAACUGUUCAUGUUUGCAAUCCAACAUUUGGGCAAAAAGUGGUGCCAAAAUAAAAAUAAAAGGAAGAUGGCGAUAUCUGUUUAAAUCUGUUCACCUGUUUUGCAUAUGACUUCUUUUCUUGGCCAUUUGUAUUAAAACCAGAAAUGACACAUUAUCAAACGGUGUUCUAUCAGGGCACUCACAAACAUUUUCAUUUUUCUGAUUUCAGUCUCCGUUUUUGAACUUGUUCGAACUAUUGACACUCUUCCUUGUGUACAAUGACUUUUGCACAGAUUU